AUGGCAGAAGCAUGCCAUCAGGCCCUGCCUCCAACAGAACUCUCUAAAGCAGAGCGCUUCAAAGCUACACACCUUGCCGCGCGCCAUGGCAACUACCACCAAUACUACGCCAAGUUCCGGGCGCCGACCGUUCCCGAUGAGCGCCUCUCCAUUCUCCCAUCAGAUAUCCUCCGCAACGCGCGAGUCAUAGACCUAGGCUGCAACGCAGGCAAACUGACGCACGAGGCGAUAGCGCACUGCGGCGCAGCCGCCUCAGUGGGCGUCGACAUUGACCCGUGGCUGGUCGAACAGGCGAAGGCGGCGUACCCGGACGGGCCGUGCACAUUCGAGCACUUUGACUUCGUGGAUGCGUCCGCGUACACGGGUACCGCGCUGGGCAAGUUCGACGUUGUCCUGCUGCUCUCAGUGACGAAGUGGAUUCAUCUCAACAAUGGGGACGCUGGGAUGUUGACUCUCUUUGCGCACAUACAAAACAUUCUGAAUGAAGGGGGUAUCUCGUUAUGGAGCCGCAACCUAUGA